AUGUACAUCAAUCGGCUGGUAGCAGAAGACAAGGACCCAGAGUUGGCCAAUCGCCAAUCGCCUGAAGUGCGCCGCCGGAUUGCUUUACUAGGUGCACGUGCUCUUCUCAAAAUGAUAUUUGUCGACAACUUUGUCCAUGGCGAUUUGCAUCCUGGGAAUAUCUUGAUACGUUUCAACGAGGACAAUGAGGCCUUACCAGGAGUGCACAAAGCGCCACCAAAGGAGAGUAUAGUUGAACAGGCGUUGGAACGAGUACGUGAUUGGCUCGGGUGGAGAUCAUUGCCACGGAUUCGAUUUACUGAUUCUCGAGAACUCGCUGAUGAGCCUACACUGGUCAUGCUCGACACUGGGAUUGUUGUAUGUGAAACGGAGAAAAAUCUGCGAAAUUUGAAAGCACUUUUCCGGGCGGUUAUACAGAAACAGGGCUACAAAGCCGGCGAAUUGCUUCUCAAGCAUGCAGAAAAUAGCCGUAAUUGUCGCGACCCGCAUGAGUUUUGUUUGCAAGUCGAACGUCUUGUGACAAGAGCAAUGAAGGAACGUUCGUUGAGAUCACUCAACAUCUCGGCGCUUUUAUCUGAGAUGUUCUCCCUCGUAGCCGCUCAUCGUGUGUACCUUGACUCGUCGUUCACUAGCGUUGUGCUAUCGGUGAUGGUACUCGAGGGUUUUGGCAGAUCACUCGAUCCUGACCUCGAUUUGUUCCAAUGUGCUCGACCAUAUUUACUAAAUAUGGUUUAA